AUGGCGGAGACAGACGCAACGGUUGCUCGAGUGGCAGUCAAGAUACCGGACUUCAUUUCGUCAGAUCCCGAACUUUGGUUUGCUAUGGUAGAAGGAAGUUUCGCCAGUGCGGGAGUCACAGUUGACAGUACGAAAUUCGGGUAUGUAGUUGGAGCAUUAACGCCAAAAUAUGCGGUUGAAGUCAAGGACAUAAUUAUGACGCCGCCCUCGGACAGUAAGUACGCUAAAAUUAAACAGGAAUUAAUAAGACGUCUUAGUGCCUCCCAAGAGGAAAAAACACGCCAACUUUUGGAACGCGUUGAGAUUGGAGACCGUAAACCGUCACAAUUUUUAMGCCACCUCYAAAGCCUAGCUGACUCUUCCGUUCCGGAAACAUUAUUGAAGACACUCUGGAUGGGUCGCUUACCGAAAAGUAUACAAGUAGCGUUAGCAAUAGUUAAAGAGAGCAAGCUUGAAGAUCCUGCUGUCCAUGCAGAAAACAUCGCUGAUGCAUCGGUUCCUUUUCUAACUUCAAAUAGCAGAGACUUCAAGAAGUGA